CAUGUUUUCAAUUAUAUUAUGUUCUGUGAGUGCUGUCAUUUGAGGUAGUAUGUAUGUACAUAUGUAUGUACAUAUGUAUGCACAUAUGUAUGCACAGAAGUGUGAUCCAAUAUUGACGCGACUGUCUUUUUUCAUUGUUGGUUGAAACAGAGAUGAGCAGGGUUGAAAUAAUUUUGUAGAUCUUAUUUUCGUAUAGUUUACAAACUGUAAGAUAAUAAUUUUAAAUAUACAGAAUGAUUAAAGCAGUCUUAGUAUUUUUGAUAAUUGCAAAAGUGUUUAUAUCUGGUGAAGAAUAUGAUGAUAUACAAUGCAAGAAUGAGGAUAAUCAACCAGUAGAUUGGUAUGUUUUAUACAAAAUACCAAAAAUAUCACAUAGCACCAAUCCUUUAAUUAAGGAAGGACAUGCUUACUUGUAUAUGACAAGUGAAUCAGUUAAUAAAGGUUGGCAGUUGUCUGCAAAUAAUAUAAGUACAAAGGAUUCUAUACCGGGAUACACUCUAGCACCGUUGUAUAAAGGAAUGGAUAAUUCCAUUCUAUGGAUGUUAUACAGCGAUCAACCACCAAAUAGGACACCUAGUGCAAAAUAUGGACAUGCCAAAGGUGCUAUAAUAGUUUCUAAGGAAAAAGGUUUUUGGUUGGUUCAUAGUGUACCUCAUUUCCCACCUGCUUCAAAAACGAGUGAAAAUCAGACACAAUCUAAAAAUGUGCAAUUGAAUUCGCAUAAUAUUCCUGAUAGUCAGUAUGGUUAUCCUGCUUCUGGAAGGAAUUAUGGACAAAGUUUUCUUUGUAUCUCUGUUGAGAAAGAUCAAAUUAAUAACAUUGGUCAACAGCUUAUAUAUAAUCAAGUUGUUAUUUAUGACAAAAAUUUCCCAUUACCGUAUAAACAAAGUUAUCCUUCUCUAAAUGAGUUAGUAAAUCGUGUUUGGAUUAAAGAUCCACCAUAUAAUCACAAGAGUUUAAUUCAGUCACUGGGAGCAUUUGGCUUUUUAACAUUUGCUAAAAGUGAUAAGUGGCAAAAAGAUUUAUAUGAUGACUUUGUGGCACCUGCAUUAAAAUCAGAUAUGUUGGUUCAGUCAUGGUUGAAUGGCCGAGGUAAAUUGCCUUCUGAAUGUAAUGGUACCAAGGUGAUGAACAUUCAAUCUUUGGUCUUGGAAAAAGCUAAUGUUAACUUUAAAAGUACACAUGAUCACUCGAAGUGGGCCAUUGUUGUCAAUAACAAUAAGAAUAAUAGUUGGACUUGCAUUGGUGAUAUUAAUAGAGCGGACACGCAGUAUAAUAGAGGAGGAGGAGCAGUUUGUUUCAAUUUACCUGAUGCAUGGGAAAAUUAUCGCAAAAUUGUACAAGAUAUAGAACCUUGCCCUAAAAAACGAGGCUUCAUAAGUUCUACUAUAUCAUGGGUAAAAUCCAAAUUUACGUGAUACACUUUGUACAGACAGUUAGAUUGCCGAUCAGUGCAUACAUACUUUUUUGGCGAGAGCGCGACAGCAAUGGAAUCAAAGGGUGCCAAACGCUUUGACUUUCGUUUUGAGUAUAGAUGUGCGCGCGAAUUGGAAUACUUGCUCAAAUCUAUUCAUCCAUUCAUCCUAAUUCCUGAUUGUUUGCCAUGUUGAGCAAUUAUAUUAUUUGUAAGUUACGCAUUUCUUUGACUGAAAUUACAUUUUUUAAACUAGUGACAAUAAUACAUUCAUAUCCAUUCAAAAGCAAUAUAGCUUUAUUGUUAAGAGACUAAUAUUAAUAUAAUUAUUAUUUUAUGAUGCGAUCUUUAUUAUCAUAUUUAUCAGCUGUUAAUAAUAUUGAAAGAUUAAAAAGUAUUGACAAUUA